UUUACACUAAACAGCUGUUCUGUCAUAAAAAGCCACGGGUUACGAAUGAUAGCUGACGCUGGGUCACAGAGGCUCUGAGGCUGAGCUGUGAGGGGAACUUAAAGAUGGGAGGAGUGCACGAGGAGCACCCCCGUGUGUCAGAGGGCCGCAUCGCGCUGCAGAUGAAGCAUGCCAGCCGACAGCGAGACAAAGCCAGGUGACCAAGCCGAAAAUGAGAGCUGUAAUCGGGAGCCUUUCCUCAUCGGCGUGGCUGGGGGGACAGCCAGCGGCAAGUCGUCAGUGUGCAGCAAGAUCAUGGAGCUUCUGGGGCAGAACGAGAUCGACCACCAUCAGCGGCAAGUGGCCAUCCUCAGCCAGGACUGCUUCUACAGAGUCCUCACCCCAGAGCAGAAGGCCAAGGCGCUCAAAGGCCAGUUCAACUUCGACCACCCAGAUGCAUUCGACAACGACCUCAUAAUCGCGACUCUGUGGGACAUUAAGGAGGGCAAAACGGUCCACAUCCCAGUUUAUGACUUUGUUUCCCAUUCCAGGAAGGAGGAGACUGUGACGGUGUACCCUGCUGAUGUGGUGCUGUUUGAGGGCAUCCUGAUGUUUUAUUCUCAGGAGAUCCGAGACCUUUUCCAAAUGAAGCUGUUUGUGGACACCGACGCAGACACACGUCUUUCACGAAGAGUGCUGCGUGAUAUAAGUGAACGUGGACGGGACUUGGAAAGCGUUCUAGCACAGUACAUUAUGUUUGUCAAACCUGCAUUCGAGGAGUUUUGUCUGCCGACAAAGAAAUAUGCUGAUGUGAUCAUUCCAAGAGGAGCCGAUAACCUUGUUGCUAUAAAUCUCAUAGUUCAACACAUCCAGGAUAUUCUAAAUGGUGGUCUGACCAAGCGGCCGAACGGUUGGUUUAACGGCUAUGGAACAACGAAGAAGCAGCCAAACAUUGAGUCCAGCAGCCGGCCUCACUGAGUGCAGCGCUCCUCCUCCCAGCCUGAAGACAGGAUGGAGGGUCACCUGUAUGCACCGAAUGUGCUCUACAUUGUGGCUAAAGCAGGAGUAAAAGACCCCCCUUUUGACCUGAUUGUGCUCAGACUGAGGUAGCGAAUACGAAGGGAAAACAUUCUUGUGUGGAGCUGGUUUAAAGCAGUUGUUUUCAGUUCUAUUUUUCUCUUUUGCUUGUGUACUGUGUGAGAUUGAAGGGAAUGAAAUGCAAAGGGGCUCACUUAAUAUCAUUUAAAACUGCUGCUUGCCUUUUACCACAGCACUGAAACGGAGAAGCUAACUAAAGAAGCGGUUAAGGCGGCAAAAAAAAAAAAAGAAAAAAAAGAUUUCUAAACACUUGACAGCCUUUAACCAUACAAUAAAUGCAGUGUAGCAACAUGCUGUUCAAUGGCAGGGCCUUACUCCAUCUCACGACAGUCAAAGGUGCGGCGUCUGACCUGACUGGUCACCUUUAUCAAUGCAACUCCACAUCUUUUUCCUCCCUAAAGUAUAUUUUCAUUUACUCAAGUAGAUUUUGAAAUAAUGUUCUGAUGGGUUGAGAGUUCUGACGUUUGCGUUACGUCGCUCUGAGCUGCACUCACUUUGUUUUUUGUGUAAAUCUAACCAACUGAUUAGAUAUUGAACAACCGAUUCCCACCUCAAAUUAUCUGAUGUAUGACAUCACCAAAGAUCAUUUCCUGUACUGUCUUUGUGCACUAAAUGGUGUAGAUUUCUUUUUAUUCUCAUGUGACACUGAGAUUAAUGUAAGAUGUUGGUAACAAAGAGCCACUCAUUACGUUGUUAUUGAAUUCCACAAAAGUAUUAUUUGUCUUUGAUUCACAUGAACUUUAAUCCUUGGAUGCACAUGUACGCGCGUUUCAUUUGAAAGACGGUAAACCCACACACUGGAAAUGUUAAUAAAUGCGUUGAGCUGUAAAAAAAAUUGUCACGACGUACAAGAUGCCCAAUGUAAAUGUGUUCUGUAAAUGUUCAAUGGAGUUUUUCUUCCUGUAUACAUUUUUCUUAUGAUAA